AUGGAAUUGGGCAGGAGGAACACCCAAGGCAACACACUCACACCUUGUUUUUCCCCCAUAAAAGGAAUUUCAGUUCCCAAAGUUUGACCAGAUGGAGGAGGAGACCAUGAGGAAGAUGAAGAUGCCCUGGCAGCCCCAGGCAGGUGAGGAAGAAGACAAAUCCCCACAGCAGAACCUCGUGGAAGAGGCUGUUUUGAGCAGCUCCACAGCACAGGAACCCAAGGGGAGGAAAAGCCCCGGACAUCGGGCACAAGGACAGGCUGCAGACACAGAUCACAGGGAUCUGAGGAGGAAAGACCCACCUGAGGCUGGGGAGGCUGCCGGAGCUCAGAGCUGGGAGCAACUUCAAGAUGAGGAGAAGCCCCACAAGUGCUUGGAAUGUGGGAAGAGCUUCACCCAGAGCUUCAGUCUCCUCAUCCACCUUCAGGUGCACACGGGGGAGCAGCACUGGGAGUGUAGGGAAUGUGGCAAGAGGUACAGGCACAGCUCUCACCUCUACCACCAGCGGGUGCACACCACAGAACGGCCCUACACGUGCUUGGAAUGUGGGAAGAGCUUCAGUGUUCAAUCCACUCUGACCUCCCACCAGAAGGGCCACACUGGGGAACAGCCCCACGAGUGUUCCAAGUGUGGGAAAAAGGCUCGGAGCAGUUUGGAUCUCCUCAAGCACAGCACACCAGUGUCCCGAGUGUGGGAAGACCUUCAGGCACAGCUGUAGCUCGACCCAACACAAACAGAGCCACCACUAAGAGAAGCCCUGAGAGUGCCCUGAGUGUGGGAAGAGCUUCCUGUGCUGCUCCAGCUC